AUGGUUUCUCCCCCAAAAUCGCCGCAGCGCGACAAAGCCCGCGAACCACCCCCUGAUUGGCAACAGUUUAUUGUGACGGUGCACGCGGUGACGAUAAAUCUGUUCGUUUUAUUACGGCCGAUUAAACCACCGCCACCGUCGCCCUGGCAAGCUGAUUACACUCUGGACGACUCGUUCUGGAACGAGGAGAGUCCUGUUGGUGAGGUGGAACGUCUGCUGAAGGAGCACCAGCAGAACCAGGAGCUGGUGGACCGGAUCGGUAGCAACUUCUACCAGAUCAUCUACCCGGUGCAGCUGCGGCACCACGAGAAGAUGGGCAUCUCGACGCGAGAGGUCGGCGCCAAGUAUCCACAACCACGAGGACGUUCGAGGGUAAGUUAUUUCUUCUUGUAAAUAAUCAUUAAACACUACAUAAAAAUCACAAAAAAAAAAUGCAGACAUUUAAAAAUAUUUGAAAUCUCCAAAAAUGCAUCCAGAAUUAAGAAUAAUGCAAAAAUAACUAUCUUUAGAGAAGAAUGUAUCACAGAUGGUACAAUUAUGUAUAUUUGAGGAUAAAAUUGGGCAACUUUUUAAACAAAUUUAUGUUUAAAUCUUCGUUUGUCACAAAACGAUUGAAUUGGUUAAUAAAUUAUUAUUUUUUAACUUCUCCUCUAGAUUAGAGGAAAAGAAUUCAAACCAAAAAUUCUUCAAAUAAAUUAUGUUU